AUGACAUAUAAACUGGCGCGAAUAUUAAUCAAGGUCAAGGGAGUACAAGAUCUCAAUACCAAUGAGCUUAAAAGUCGGGUCGCCGGAACAUCGGCAUCAUGGCACGAACAGUAUCGCCACAGUGCUUACAUCUACGUCGGCGGCCUGGAUUACAACCUGACCGAAGGAGAUAUCAUCUGCAUCUUCUCACAAUUUGGGGAGAUUAUGGAUCUUAACAUGGUUCGAGACAAAGCAACGGGAAAAGCCAAAGGUUUCUGUUUUAUAGCCUAUGAAGAUCAGCGUUCGACGGAUUUAGCCGUCGAUAAUUUCAAUGGAGCUAAGGUGUGUGGCAAAACACUCUCUGUUGAUCACGUGGGGAAGUACCGUGGUCCCAAACCUCCCGGUUCUGAUGAAGAUGAGCCUGAAGAGAAAAUAUCUGUGGCCCCCGCUGAUUUCGUGAAGUUGGAGAAGGAGAAGAAGAAAGCGAAAAAGGCCGAGAAGGCAGCAAUGAAGGAGGGGAAGGCGAUACAAAAAAAGGCCAAAACACUUGCAAAGGAAGCCAGAAGAGCAGAGAAGGCGAUAAAGACAGCUUCACGGAACUCAGGUAAAGAGGGGGAAUUGUCCGAGAAGCUAGGUGUUUCUGAGGAGGAGCGGCAAACUAUCAUGGCACGUCGAGCGAAAUUGUUAGAGCAAGCCACUCACAUCUCUGACAGCGGCAGUGGAAGCGAGAAAGACCCAAUGGAGAUGAUGAGGAAAGUUGCGAAGAAUGACGGCGCUUAUACUGAUCGAACUGAGCGUUCAGACGUAAAUACUAAAAGGAUUGAAAAUACAGUAGCAGAUAAUAGACACGAGAGUAAGCGAAGAAGUAGAAGUCGAGAUGGUAACGCACGGCAUACAGCAGAUAUGCAGCACGGCAAGAAUCGAUCUGGAGCAAAACUCGAAGGUGAAGCUAGGAAUGGCGAGGUAACAGAUCGUACGACGGAUGAAAAGGUCGAAGGUCUAGGGAACGAGACAGAAGGAGGGAGGGUGAAAGAUCGAGUGGUGCACGUAGGUACAGAUCACGAGAUAGGAGUAGAAGCAGAAGCAGAGAGCGCGAUGGAAGCAGAAAGAACAACAGUCGGAGUGCAGACCGAUAUGGAAAUAGAGACACUGGACGUGAUAGACAGAGAAGCAGAGAUUUAG